UAUAAUAAAAACUGUCUUGUUUUUUUACAAAUAUUUUUUUAUAUGGAAAAGUUCAAAAAAUUUAAGAUUGAUCAACAAUUUUUCUGUGGUGGGAACUCCGAAGACCCUUUAAAUUUAGAAAGCAUAUGUCCCGAAGAUUUUAAUAAAUGUAAUUAUAUUGGAGAAAAUCAGAAAAGUGAUACAAGAUUAUCAAUACUACAAAGAGAAUGGGUAAAGGAAAAAAAAGUUUUAGAUAUAGGUUGUAACACUGGAUUUGUUACAAAAUAUAUAGCAAAGCACUUGAAUCCAUCUAAAAUUAUUGGAUAUGAUAUUGACAAUAAUUUAAUUAAAAAGGCAAAGAUUGAUUUAUUAAAGGAUCUAGAUAUUAAAUAUCAUAAGAAGCCUAAUAUAAUUCAUAAUACCUCUACAUUGUAUUUAUAUCCAACUUACAAUGAUGAAACAAAACACAAAUAUCCUUAUAAUAUAGAUUUUAUCACAGCAAAUUAUGUUUGUGAAUGUCAAGAAAUUUUAAAAAUUCAAAGGCCUGAAUUUGAUAUCAUUAUAUGUUUAUCAGUUUCAAAAUGGAUUCAUUUGAAUUGGGGAGACAAUGGCCUAAAGAUUACUUUCCAAAGAAUAUACGAACAAUUGAAUGAUAAUGGAAUUUUUUUCUUUGAGCCUCAAGAAUGGAUGAGUUAUAAAAAAGCCAAAAAAAAAACAAAGCUUUCAUUCACUCACCUAAAUUUUAAGCCGAACCAGUUUAAGUCUUACUUACUGAACGAGGUUGGAUUUUCUUACGUCAAGGCCUUUUAUCCCCAAAAAUCUUCUUCAAUUGGAUUCGAGAGGACUCUAUACGUGUUCCUUAAAGCCGAAAAGGGGACGAUUACAGAACAUUUAGUCAAGGAAUUAAAUCUAGAGGGUGGUGAAUAUACCACAGCCUGAUGAAAUUAAAACGAAUUGCUUAUUUAUAAUAUAUUCCACUUAUAAAGGGUGUAGUAUAUUUCAUGAUUCUUGUAAUAUUUAUAAUAGGUAAAUAAAUAUAUAUUGCCUGCUGUAACUGUGAUUUUACUUCUUUUUUAAUAUAUGAAAAAUAUUAGUAUUAUAUUUUUUUUUCUCCAAAAAUUAUUUAGCCAAAAAAAAUUAUAUUAUAUUUUUAAAUUUAAAAUUUUUUUUUGAAUAUAA